GCCUACAGAGCAGAGUGAAUGAAAGUGCUCUCCUGGGCUCCUUACAUAGCACAUCCUCCAUGGUCUCAGCGGUCGCAGCUUCAUGAGGCGUCGGUCAUGUUUCGCAAGGCAUUUUUCAUCUGGUACAUUAAAUUGGAUUGUGAUGCGUUCAGGUCGAGGAUGUCCCACAUGGACUCUGUGAUACACCCGUGCCCUUUCCUUUCUGUUGUGCCCAGUGUUUUCCUCCACCUGGUGAGCUAUGCCCAAAAGUGUCCUGUGAUGAUGGACCUGGCCUCCGCACCUCUGGCCAGAUGCCUGUCCUCUUCAACGUUUGUGUCGAAAGGCGCUCCGAUGAAUGACGGUCAUCAAAAGCAUGGGGUCAAACUGCCAAAAGGCCUCGCCAUGCAACCUGCUAGCCAGGCCGCAGGCUCCAAAUGCCCCUUCCUGGCUGCGGAGAUGGUGCAGAAAAACAUCAGGGUAGCAAGAGAGGCCAGGAGGGAGCUGCAGGAGGACGUCCAGGAGACGCACGCUCUCCGCACAGGUGUGUAUUUAUCAGAUGUUGGCAGGGCGGACAAGGCCGACGCGGGGGCAACAGAAAAUCUUUUCAAGCCCAUAUCUUCCAAAGCAUCUCACCUGCUAAAGGAUAACCUGCCUCAAGUCGCCACGUUUCAGUAUGACAGAUUUUUUGAGAAAAGGAUCGAAAGCAAGAAAACCGACCACACAUACAGGGUUUUUAAGACGGUGAACCGCUGUGCCUCCUCGUUCCCCAUGGCGGACGAGUACUCUGGGUUUAUUCAAGCAAAGAGAAACGUGUCAGUGUGGUGCAGCAACGACUAUCUCGGUAUGAGCCGUCACCCCAGAGUCACCCAGGCUGUCGUCGAGACUGUUCGAAAGCAUGGUGCUGGUGCAGGAGGGACACGAAACAUUUCGGGAACAAGCAAAUUCCAUGUGGAGCUUGAACGUGAACUCGCUGACCUGCACGGCAAGGAUGCAGCACUGCUCUUCUCUUCUUGCUUUGUAGCCAAUGACUCUACAUUAUUUACUUUGUCGAAAAUCCUUCCAGGUUGCGAAAUCUACUCUGACGCUGGCAACCAUGCCUCGAUGAUUCAGGGUAUAAGAAACAGCGGGGUUAAGAAGUUUAUCUUCCGUCACAAUGACGUCAGCCACCUACGAGAACUACUUGAGAAAUCCGAUCCCUCCACUCCAAAGAUUGUUGCCUUUGAGACGGUGCAUUCAAUGGAUGGAGCCGUGUGCCCACUUGAAGAGAUGUGCGAUAUUGCCCACGCGUUUGGUGCUAUUACCUUCGUGGAUGAAGUGCAUGCUGUGGGUCUGUAUGGACCCAGAGGGGGAGGGAUUGGAGACAGAGAUAAAGUCAUGAACAAAAUGGAUAUCAUCUCUGGUACCCUUGGUAAGGCGUUCGGCUGUGUGGGCGGCUACAUCGCCAGCACCAGCUCUCUGGUGGACACAGUGCGCUCCUACGCUGCAGGGUUCAUCUUCACCACUUCAUUGCCUCCCAUGGUGCUGGCAGGGGCGAAGGAGUCCGUCAGGAUCCUGAAAGGUGAAGAAGGCCAGGCGCUCAGGAGGAAACAUCAGAGGAGUGUCGUGCUGCUCCGACAGAUGCUGAUGGACUCUGGCCUUCCAGUGGUCCACUGCCCAAGCCACAUCAUUCCUGUCCGAGUUGCCAAUGCAGAGAAGAAUACUGCCAUCUGUGACAUGAUGAUGUCUCGUCACAACAUCUACGUCCAGGCAAUCAACUACCCCACUGUGGCUAAAGGAGAGGAGCUGCUGCGCAUUGCCCCCACACCACACCACACACCCAAGAUGAUGCACUACUUUGUUGAUCGGCUGGUGAAGACGUGGAAGGAGGUGGGUCUGGAGCUGAAGCCGCACUCCUCAGUAGAGUGUAACUUCUGCCAGCAGCCUCUUCACUUUGACCUCAUGAAUGAGAAAGAGAAGUCCUACUUCAUAGGCCUCAGUCACAUGGUAUCAGCAGUGGCCUGACCUCACAUAAAACACCAAAUACAAUUAUCUUCAUGCUGUUUAAUUUUUUCUCAUUAAAUAUUGUACUUCAUUUAAAAUGUGGGUGGUUUAGUUGUUCAUUUACUCUUCUGUGUUUUUAAAUACACAGUAAUCGGAUUUUUGAUUCAUUGCUGAACCAACAUUUGUACUUUGACGUAAUUUUGGACAAAUUUUAUUUAUAAAUUGUAUUAUUUAAUAUAGUUGUAUGUCCGCCUCAAUCUGGUUACUACCCCUGUGGCUACCCGGUAUUUUCAGACCCGGGUCGACUCGACUUUAGUGCAUUUUCACAUCACCAGAAGACCCAUGUCUGACCUCCUUUUCCUCGCUCUCAUACGCCAUUGUGUCGACAAUGUCAUCAUUACUCAUUUAAGUGCGUCAUAACAAAAUGCUGGCAAUGUGCUAAUAAAUCAGUGUCUUGUACAGUG